AUGGCCAGCAUCGGGAAUGAACAUGGCACAGAACCGCAUCCUUCAGAGACGACACCUCUCCUCCCCCAUUCUAGCCGUGACCGCGACGUAGAGUCACUGCAUCCUUCGCGUCGCGCCAACGACCGUCUGAUUCUACGUUCCGCAUACCGUGGCGGCGGUGGCGGCGACGACGACGACGACGACGAAACACCCUACAAGGAUUACGCCACUAUUGACUGGCUUCAAGACUUGGUCAAGGACAACACACGGCACGGCAUCCGAGACGCCCAUGUUCGACAAGCAAACACCACAUGGGUGCGAGUAGCCAAGGCUUGGGAUUCGGCAUCAGGCUGGGUAGCAGCCUUCGUUGUUGGCCUUCUCACCGCCUGCGUUGCGUUCGUCGUCGACGUCAGCGUCGAGACCGUCGCAGACUGGAAAGACGGCCAUUGUAAACCACAUUUCUGGCUCAACCGCCGAGCCUGCUCCUCCAGUGAUCAGGACGGCACAACUUGGAUGCCGUGGUCAGGAAGCUUUCCUCGGGCAUAUCUGACAUAUGUCGCCUUUGCCCUGCUGUUCGGCAUCAUCGCGGCCGCCGUCACGACAACCACCAAGAUGCCCCUACCCCCGGUUGUGGACCUAAACGUCGCCGACAAGGACAAGAGCCGUGGCUACGAGACAAAGGCCAAGGUCGACGACGAGCCACGGGGCAAGGUGAUGUACAUGGCUGCUGGUAGCGGCAUACCCGAGAUCAAGACCAUACUCUGUGGCUUCGUCAUCCCGCACUAUCUGACCUUUAAAGUUCUCGCCGUCAAAGCCAUCGGCGCAACCUUUGCGGUGGCUACCGGAAUGUGCCUGGGCAAGGAGGGUCCCUUUGUUCACAUCUCGACAUGUGUGGGACACUUGGUCGCGAAGCACAUACCCAAGUAUGCGCAGAACCAGCGCAAGAUGAGAGAAAUGCUCAGCGUGGCCUGUUCUGCCGGUCUGUCGGUCGCCUUUGGCGCCCCCAUCGGCGGUGUCCUCUUCAGCUACGAAGAGAUAAGCACCUAUUUCCCGCGGCGUGUGCUUUGGAGAUCGUUUCUGUGCUCCCUCGUCGCCGCCGCCACGCUCAAAGCUCUGGAUCCCACGGGCACCGGGAAGCUGGUCCUGUUUGAAACCAAGUACGGCGUCGACUAUGACGUUGUUCACUAUUUCGUCUUCAUCUUUCUCGGCAUCUGCGGUGGCAUAUUUGGUGGCGUCUUCUGCAGCACCAAUUUCCUGUGGUCCAAGACGUUUCGCAAGCAGCCUUGGAUAAAAAACAGCCCGCUUCUGGAAGUCUGCAUCGUGGUCCUCGUCACGGCUGUCCUGCAGUACCCCAACCCCCUGAUCCGCCAGACAGGAGACAUCAUCAUGGAGCGUCUGCUGGUCGACUGCAACGACAUCAAGGAAGACUGGAUCUGCGUGCAAGAGGCAAAGACGGAGGGCAAAGGCCUGUACUACGCCUGGCUCAUCUCGGGGACGUUCAUUAAACUUACACUGACAAUCAUCACCUUUGGCUGCAAAGUUCCAUCCGGCAUCAUUAUCCCCGCGCUGGAUGCCGGCGCGCUGUUUGGAAGAAUGGUGGGCCAACUCGUCCCGGACAUCUCCCCCGGCAUCUUCGCCAUGGUCGGGUCUGCUGCUUUCCUUGCCGGCGUCAGCAGGAUGACUGUGAGCCUGGCAGUCAUCAUGUUCGAACUCACGGGCGAGGUCAACUUCAUCCCGCCCUUCAUGGCGGCCAUUCUCACCGCCAAGUGGGUUGCAGACUCCAUCAGCGCCGACGGCGUUUACGACCUGUCCCAGCACAUAAUGAGCCACCCCUUCCUAGACUCGGAGCAAGCCGUUGUAAAGCUGCGGGCUUUGAAAGACGGAAAAGAGUCUCCCGACUUGGACGUCUUGAUCCCCCCCGAAAGAGUCAUGGAACAAAUCACCAUACACGCGGGGCCCAACCACCAGGUGAUCAUAUCCGACCUCCGGGCCAAACUGAUCGGUCUCUCUUCUGGCGGCCUGUUCGACAUGGGUCUGGUGAUUGUGAACGAGAGGGGGGUCUGCACCGGCUAUAUUUGUGAAAGCAGCAUUGCGCCUGUGUUGCGGUUCAUUGGGCAACAGGAGCUGGACGGAAACGACUUGAUCAGCUUCGCGGACGGCAGCUUCGAGCAACUGGUGGACCGCAGCCCCCUGACCAUUUCAACAAAGGCGCCUCUAGAGUAUGCGGUAGAGAUGUUUGGCAAAUUGGGUCUAAGCCACUUGGUAGUUGUUGACGAAGACACGGCCCAGGCAGUCGGGCUGAUUGGGAAGAAGCGUCUUUUGAGGUUCCUUGGCCGUCUGGAGUAG